CCCCGGAAGUGGUUAGCAUGCGAGCAAAGUCCUCUUGUUGAGUCCUGCUAAGUUAUAAACAGGGUGUUGUGACCUCCGUGGUGAUGUUCGGGGGCUACGUGGACAGGGCGGAGCUAGAGGAUGAGCUGUACGCGGAGGAGUCCGAGGGGUCAGAGGGUGACGACAGUGAACUAGAGUUCAGACUCUACAGCCAACUCCACUACUCCUCUAACCCCGGAGAGAGGGAGGAGGUGGAGGAGGAGGUGGGAGAGAGGCACCUCUCCUCCAGCCACGGAGAGAAGGAGAAGAAAGAUGGGAGCAAGGCCAAACGACUGCAGCCACCCCUGUCACAUGAUCAUGGUAACAGAGAUCUACGGCAACACCUGCUGGGGGACACAGAGGAGAAAAAACAGAAAGUCAAACUGAAAACCCAACAGGGGAGGAAACAGCAGAGAGGUCUCUCCAAAGGUGACCCCACACGGGAAGGUUGUUCCAGGAGGUCAUAGUCAUCGACUCGAGUCAAGAUGACGGGAUCACAGUGUCAGACAACACGGAGGAGGAUGACGGGGUGUGUAGCUUGAAAGG